GGCCGGCGGGAGGCCCCUGCGGCGGCCCAGGCCACAGCCCGCCGCCUCCCAGCGCCGCCGCCUCGGCCCCCCGGCCCGCAUGACAUCAUCGGGACGGCUCGGGAUCGAUCCCCGCCGGCCGCCGGUUCGGGCGGGCGCUCCUCCGCGGCGGCCGCCGCUGCCGCCCUGCGCGCCCAGGGGGAACGCCGGCCCUGCCGCGGACGGAACGGGCUAACAUCGGAUCCAUCCCCGCCGCCAUGAAGCGAGAGCGCUGACGGCUCUGCGCCGGCUUCGGGCUGCGCGUCGGGAAGCCGCUCCACGGGCUGCGGGGGGCGAAGGUGCGGUGUCCUCACGGCCCCGCGGCGAAUGCGCCCUCCACGAACAACGGCACUUAUUAAGGAGUCCUGCCUCGCUCGGGGGUCAGGAAGAAGGAAUUCACCGGGUGGGAAUCGGGAGAGAGGAAAAGGAGCCACGAGCGGAAAGAUCAGGCAGCGGCAGCUGAAGGAAACCGCCCGGUCCCUCUCCUGACACAGGCUGCAACGCGCAACGCGGCGGGCGCCUCCAGACCCCUAUUGCAAUCGAAUGGGGCGGGAGGGGAAGCCCAGCGGCAUAAACAAGGAGCACAGGACCUGAUUCCUUCCCCUCCCUUUCCUCACUGGCUUGCCCAGGCUCGCCAGUAAAUCCAGCUCGGCUAUGCAUCGCGAUGGGAACGUGCUGCCAAGGAGGCUGCCUUCCCAUCACUGAGGAUGCUGCCUUCCCCUCACUGAGGAGGCUGCUGCUGCCGCCGGGGCUGCCCGAACAGCACUGAGGACGCUGCUGCCGCCGCGGAGGUUGCCGUGCCCUCACUGAGACAGCCGCAGCUGCCGCCGCCGAGGCUGCCGUGCCCUCAUCGAGACGGCCUCCGCCGCUGCGUUACUGGGAGAGAUUGUAGCGCUGCGACAGGGGAGGACGGGGCUCGGCGCGCAGGGGGGAGGCGCGGCGAGCAUGCGCCGCCAGAGCCACUGACUGGAUCUUCGGCCAAGGUACCGAGGUAAAAAAAAAAAAAAAAAAAAAAAAAAAAAAAAAAAAAAGGGAAAAAAGGAAAAGGAUUGAAAGAAGCAUGAAAGACAGCAGAGGAGAAUAGAAAAGACCGCCAGGAUAAAGCAGCCCUCGGUCGGCGGCAAGCAGCGGCUCUGGCAUGUGGGGAUCUCCGGCACCAACAGAUAUUUUGAUGGCAUGACAAAUCAGAAAGAAGAGGAUGUACUGUAUGACUAGACACAAGAUCAGUUCUGUUUGUGGAUUACAUUUUCAGUAAGAUGUAUGGAUCUAUUUUUUCCUUGUUCUUAAAUAUAGAUCAUGAGACUUGACUGAGGCAAUAUACAUAUCAUCCAUCCAUCUAUGGCGAACUACAGCCAUGCAGCUGACAACAUUUUACAAAAUCUCUCUCCUUUAACAGCUUUUCUGAAACUGACUUCACUGGGUUUCAUAAUAGGAGUCAGUGUUGUGGGUAACCUUCUGAUCUCCAUUUUGCUAGUCAAAGAUAAGACCUUGCAUAGAGCUCCUUACUACUUCCUGUUGGAUCUUUGCUGCUCAGAUAUCCUCAGAUCUGCAAUUUGUUUCCCAUUUGUUUUCACCUCUGUGAAAAAUGGCUCUACUUGGACGUAUGGGACUCUUACUUGCAAGGUGAUUGCCUUUUUGGGGGUUUUGUCCUGCUUUCACACUGCUUUCAUGUUAUUCUGCAUAAGCGUCACAAGAUACUUAGCUAUUGCCCACCACCGUUUUUAUACGAAAAGACUGACCUUCUGGACUUGUUUGGCUGUUAUCUGUAUGGUUUGGACUCUCUCUGUAGCCAUGGCUUUCCCCCCAGUUUUAGAUGUGGGCACCUACUCGUUCAUUAGGGAGGAAGACCAAUGCACUUUCCAGCAUCGUUCCUUCAGGGCUAAUGAUUCCUUGGGAUUUAUGCUUCUUCUUGCCCUUAUCCUCCUAGCCACACAGCUUGUCUACCUCAAGCUGAUAUUUUUUGUUCACGAUCGCAGGAAAAUGAAGCCAGUCCAGUUUGUUGCAGCAGUGAGCCAGAACUGGACUUUUCAUGGUCCUGGAGCGAGUGGUCAAGCAGCUGCUAAUUGGCUGGCUGGAUUCGGAAGGGGUCCCACACCUCCAACCUUGUUGGGAAUCAGGCAAAAUGCGAACACCACGGGCAGGAGGAGGCUACUGGUUUUAGAUGAGUUCAAAAUGGAGAAGAGAAUCAGCAGAAUGUUCUACAUCAUGACAUUUCUCUUUCUGACCUUGUGGGGUCCCUAUUUGGUAGCCUGUUACUGGAGAGUUUUUGCAAGAGGGCCUGUAGUACCUGGGGGAUUUCUAACGGCCGCUGUCUGGAUGAGUUUUGCCCAAGCUGGAAUCAAUCCUUUUGUCUGCAUUUUCUCCAACAGGGAGCUGAGGCGCUGUUUCAGCACAACCCUUCUUUACUGCAGAAAAUCCAGGUUACCAAGGGAACCUUACUGUGUUAUAUGAGGGAGCAUCUGUAAAUCUUUAGCCUUGUGAAACACUACCAUUCUCUGCUAAGCAAUUGUGGCCUGUAGCCAUGUCUUGAGGAGAAAAUCAAGAACGGGAUGUCAGCAGCUGUAAGGAUUUGGGCAACAUUCUGCAGUCUUUGCAAUAGCUCACCUCUAAUCCUGUUUUAAACCUAAACAUGUUCCUGCUGACCACUGCUGAAGGUUUGUAAUUAAGAACAAAGGACUGAACUACUGCCCUGAAUUCCUUUAUGUGGUUGAAAUCUAGAUUAUGAAAGUAGCAGGUGCUAAGUAUCAGUGCUAAAUGCUGUGUAUAUCACUACAUAAAAUAAGAACAUCAGAAAGAUUAGCAUUGGACAUCUUAAUAAAUUGAUAUGAGGUUAAUGUGUUGAUAAAACUAAUUUUAGACAUCUGAAGACCUUUAAAACAUUUCAUACAAUUAUUAUUUUGCAAAGACUGAAAACUGGGGACUCAAGUACUGUAACUGAUUAAAGAUGUGCCAUGCAUUAUUGGAUUAUCACACUUACAGAUCUGUUUGCCUUGUGAGUAAGUUUUGAGGAGCAUUCCAAAGCAGUAUUUUUGUUCAGAUUUCGAAUUUAAUUUUUUUUCCAAAUAUAUUACUCUUUCUAAAUACCAUUUUCCUUAACAGUGAAAUUACUAACAUUUAACUGUAUUCUGUGUUUUUUGCUGAUUUGGUAUAAAGUUUAAUAGACUCUUAUUUAUAUUUUCUAAAAAGCUAGAUAUCAGUCUGUUAGGCAACGUUAACAACAAUAUCCAGUCAUAAUUGAAGAGUUAUAAUUAUACAGAAUAAACACAUGUUGCCUUAAAGGGUUAUCUAGUAUCUUCCAUUUUGUUUAGCAUUGAAGCAAAUAAGCAAGGAAAAUUGAAUCAGUAACUCUGGUCAGUCAUUUGGGAGUGCAUGAAAGAUCACUUAGUCCUCUUUUUUCCUUUUUACUCCAAUGGUUCCCAAAAUCAAUAUGCACAUCACUGGGAUUAUAUGAUUUUUUUCUAGGUGUACCGCCCUUUCUAGUUUGUUCUGAAAAACACAGGCAGUUGAUGUAUGUUUAUAUUUUGAGACAGCUGUCAUGGGGAGACCGCAGCCUUAGUAUGAUAUCUUGCACAAUUUGUGAAGCAUUUAUUCUACUGAAGGCACAGUCUUGUUUAUAUUUUCUGCACAUUUUGGUGUAUUGGUUGUUUUAAAUUAUUUAAGUUUUAACUUGUGAAAGCAUAUACUAUGAUUUCUUAGUGUUUUAGAAAUACAUUAGAGUCUGUGAGUCUUUCCUUCUUUCAGAUACAGAUGUGUGGAUUUCAAUAUAAAGUUGCAUUUGCCAAAAUUUACCUGUGUAGCUUGUUAAUUUUCUUGGAAUAAAAUUUUACAUUUUUCCAGUUAUACAAUUAACCUUUUUUAUUUUGUCUAGUGAGCUAGCAUGAAGUACUGAGAAUGUAGCCAUUAUGAAUUAUUAUCCUUUACAGUCACUGUAUUCCCAAACUGUAAAUGCAUGAAUGGUGGGGACCACAGGAUUGAUAAAUUAUAUUAUCUACAGUAGCACUAUUGUGUAGUUUAUCAUAAUUACCCAUCUAUCUGUUCUAAUAUGUCAGUUAUAUUUAAAGUUACAACACAGUAUUUAACAUUAGCUUCACAGUUUAAUUUUGGAAUAUGUGUAUAUUUGAAGCACAACAUCAUGAGUUGGUCAAUCAUAAAACCACAGAUUUUUCUUAAUUUUGGGAGAGGCAAAACUAGAGGUCUUAAUUCAGUAUUGGUAUAUCUUGUCCUUUGUUGCAGUUUUAUGACCAGCAAGUUAAUAUAUAAAUACACAAGCAGCAAUCAAUAAUGGAAAUACUUAAAUUUGUAUGAUAACAUUAUACAACAUAUGCAACAAUUCAGACAGUUGUGUCUAUAUGUGAUCAGACAACUUGAUCAAAGAUUUGAUGAGCAAUCUGUUUGACCUCACAUACACUUUUAUACUGAGGUUGAUUGGUUGAGAGGCAUGGCUUUAUAUACUGUGUUGAAACAGAAAAAUUGCUAAAAUAAUGAGUCCUCAUCAGUAUAAGAAUGUUUUAGAACGUAAUUUGAAAUGGGACCAAUAAACUUCUACCAAAAGGACAUUUUUAUUACACUGAAAAAGGCUUUGAAAUUAAGGUAGUUAAGCAGUUUUCAGAGAUAGCAAGAAGGAAUAAAAACUGGAUUGUAUGUUGAGAAAAAUUCUGAAAGUCAUCCCACUUAAGUUUAUUAAAAGGUUGAUUGGCAAUAACUUCAGUCUAAUUUCUAUAAAAUAGUAACCUUUACAAGGAACAUAGAUAUUACAUAUUGUAAUAAAGAAGUACAUAUAAAUAAAGUUGUAAAUAAUGUUAUAGUUGUAGAUGUAGUCAGUUCUGAGGAUUAGCCAGAAAAUUUUCAACUACAAAAUUUCAAAAGCUGCAAAUCUGGGGCCUGACCUAACUCCUGAUAAAGUCAGUUGGUGUUUUCCCAUUAACUUCAUUCGUAGCAGAAGCAGGCCCUAACAUUUCUAUAGUACUAUGCUUCUGAAAUACUAAGAAGGCUGUAUUUACUAUGCAGUGGGAAAAGAGAAAAAAAAUUAAAAAUAUUUCCCUGGAAGUUUUGCAAGCAGUAACUGAUGUAAAUUAAAAUAAUAAACAGUAAAUAAGUCUGAAAGCAAA